AUGGCUUUCUGGGCUUUGUCGCUGGUGGCUCUCCGCGUCGGCGUCGGUGAGGCGGCGGAUGGCGUCACGACAGUGCAGUGCCAGAAUCGAUCCAUUCAGAUCAACACUGACAUCAGUCGGCCCUGUCUUUGUGCCUUUGACGUGGAUCGGACAUUGACCGGAUAUCAGGAGUUGCUGUCUGAGUGCCCAAGAAAUGAGGUGAAAGACGGGGUCAAGGACUUCGCGUAUCUCUACGCGACUCCCCGGGGCUUCGGUUUUCUCACCCUGUCGGAGCUGGCACAAGGCUUGAACAGCACCUUUUGCCGGAGAUGUUAUUUGGGCGUUGCAUCUGCGGGUGGUGCUGGGUUGGAUGACGAGAAACAAGUGCUCCUCUCCGUGCUCCACGCUGCGGUGGACCCAUCACUGUCAUCGGCACUGCCCAACUGGACGACGGAGGAAGAUCCAUCGCAGCAGAUCGAGAGCGAGGCUCCGUUCGUGGUGUGGUGCGGGGAAGGCGGAAAGCACCGCUGCGUCAGCAAGAUCGUUGAGUGGUACAGCAGCGAGCGCAAUGUGACCAUUUUGGAUGAGGAUGUGUACUUUUUCGACGACAAGGAGGACAACAUCCGUCCAUUCGUCGGCACGGACUACAACGCGCUGCAGGUCAGCUGCGAAAGUCGCAACGGCAGCCGUGGGCUUUGCGGAGGUCUUCCCAGUGAAGUGACUCCUGUGCGCGGCGUGGUGCUGUGCGCAGAUGGCGCGCAGGUGUGCUUGGAAGACAUCGACCAUUCGCUUGUGGAAACUUCCAAGGCUGGCCACAUUGCCCUGGCCGCCGUUGCGCUCCUGUUGAUGUUGCACUGA